AAAAAACAUGUUGUAGGCACAUUGACGAUGGCGCCAUCUGUUAGCGUAAAGGAGUACUACGCUGGAAGGUCUUUAUUCAUCACGGGCUCCACAGGCUUCAUGGGAAAAGUAUUGGUGGAGAAGAUCCUGAGGUCUUGUCCCGAUGUAAAGUGCUUGUACGUACUCAUGAGGUCCAAGAAGGGGCACAGUAGUAAGGAAAGGAUACACGAGUUUUUGAACUACAGGGUGUUCGACUACUUAAAAAGCGAGUAUCCAGAACAGCUGCAGAAGCUGCGAGUGGUUCCAGGUGACAUCUUGGUGGAAGACCUGGGAAUGAGCAUUGACGACCGGGAGAUGCUGCAGAAGGAGUGUCACGUGGUGUUCCACUGCGCUGCUUGUGUCAGAUUCGACAUGCUUAUCCGGGACGCGGUCAACUUUAACACCGUUGGGACCCAGAGGGUGCUGGAUCUGGCCUCCGGGAUGACCAAGCUGGAGGUCUUCGUGCACGUCUCCACGGCGUAUACCCACUGUGAUCUGGAAGUGCUGGAGGACAAAAUAUACCCCUCAAAGCACAAGCCUCACCAGAUCAUGAACUGUGUCUCCUGGAUGGAUGACAAAUUACUAGAGCAUCUGCAGCCCAAACUCAUAGAGCCUCAGCCUAAUACGUACGCUUACACAAAAGCUUUGGCCGAAGACCUGGUGGCACAGUACGCUGAGAAAUUCCCUAUAGUCAUAGCACGGCCAUCUAUCGUGAUCGCGUCAUAUAAGGAACCAAUGCCUGGUUGGGUAGACAAUUUAAACGGUCCUACAGGGUUUCUGGUCGGCUGUGGUAAAGGUGCGAUAAGAUCUAUGCAUUUAGACGAUUCUCUACAUCCGGAUGUCAUACCAGUUGAUAUGGCAGUCAAUGCCUGCAUACUCCUCGCGUACACCACAGCUUUGGAGAAAUCAAAAGAGUUAAAAGUAUGCAAUCUGACGCUGUCGGACGAUAAUCCGGCCACAUGGAAAGAGGCUCUUGACUUUGGUCUUCAUCACUUGAAGGAGGUCCCGUUCUCCGUGUGCCUGUGGUAUCCCGGCGGCUCGCCCAAGAGCUCCUGGCUGCAGCACCAGGUGGCGCUGUUCUUCACAAUGAUAUUACCCGCUUACUUCGUGGACUUGAUUAUGAUUCUACUAAGAAAGAAAACUUUCAUGGUGAAUGUACAGAAAAGAAUCCGCUACGGCAUGGAAUCUAUGCGGUACUUCACGACAAAAGAGUGGCAUUUCAAAAAUGAUAAUCUGAAAGCGUUGAGACAAAAAGUGUUACCGGAAGAUGACAAAACAUUUUUCACUGAUAUGAAGGUUAUAAAUUGGAGUUCAUACAUGAAGGUUUACAUCAAGGGUGUCAGGGAAUAUUGCCUUAAAGAAGACCCAUCUACAUUGCCGCAAGCGAGGAGACUGCAUAGGCAAUUGUAUUAUGCCGAUAUGGUGGUGAAAUACCUAUUCUAUUCAUUGUUAACGUACCUAGUUUAUUUACUGGUAUGUGAAAACGUUCAUUUAUUUAGUAACAAAUCGUUAAUAUAAAAAAAUGACAUAAUUAAACGUUAAUUAACGAGUCCAUUAAAAUAUUAUUCGCGUCAAAAAUGAAAAAAUGUGAUUAUUCAUUUAUAAAAGACAGUUUUAUUAGAAUCAGAAUGUUUUAUUUUUGUGGUGGAAAAUGUAGGUUACUAGUUAGAUAUUACAGUAAAGGUGGGUAAUUUAAUAUUAUAUAUAUCUACUACAUUUAAACAUUGUUUAAGUUACCUCAUAUUGAAGUAAUUUUUCAAUUUGACGACUCUGUAUUUCAGUAAAGGCUGUUUUUUUAAGAAACUCAGUAGUUUCUUGCCGGUUCUUCUCAUUACAAGGUCUCCCGCCAUAGUUUUGCAAACCGAUGGCGUAGCUUUUCGACAUUCACAAGUGCUUGUAACAGCCUAGACUGAACAAAUGAUAUUGUUUUAUUUAAUAAAUUAAAUCAUUUUCACCUUUGAUAAGGUAUACAAAUAAUAAUUGGAUCAUUAUUAAUAAUUAUUACAUUUUAUGAAUGCUUACCAACAUUUAUAAUAAAAUUGUGUUCUAAGUAUUAGGUAGGUACAAUAAUUGCAUGUUAUUUCAUUCAAUAUUUUUUAUUGAUGUGUAACAUCUUUUCUCUCGCUUUCCUGCAAUUCGUGGGAGUGAUUUCGUGAAAUGGGACGGAAGUGUGUAACAGGAAGUCGCGAAAGCGCGCGCUAUUGAUUUGAUUUUAGAACAUAAUGUUCAAAUGGCUUAUUCCUUUUGUAGUAGGUUUUAUUUCUUUUUUUACUUAAAUAAGGUGAGGUUUCAAAUGUUACACAUCAUACGCGACUACUGUAAGGCUCGCUCGUUUUUUUGUAAUAAACAUUGCAUUGUUAUCUUUUGUAACUUUGACAUUAUUUUCUAGUAUUACUGUUAAUUAAAUAACUAUUUUCUCAC